AACGGUGAAUAUUGAUUAGUUCAGAUUUGCAAAACAUAGGCAAAAGAACACAAAGUAGACUUAUCGAGCAUCAUUUUACUCUCUCAUUCGAAGAAAUGAAUUAAAAUUCCAUCAAAUAAAUCUAUAGAGUCUAGAUCAUAUAUAUUCUGUGUAAAAGAGUUUAGUGGCAUACAUGUCCACGACAAAGACGAGUACGAUGUCGAUGCCUCAAGCAGCAGCGAAUCCGGAAGUUGGCAGCGGUACUUCCACGGGCACUAGCCCCGCAGGAAGCGGGCCGGGGACGGCGACGAAUGCUAAACCUUCAGACCAGAGACUCUUUUCGUUGAAGAAAUGGAACAUUGUGGCGAUGUGGAGUUGGGAUGUAGAAUGUGAUACUUGUGCAAUUUGCAGGGUUCAAGUCAUGGAUGCCUGUCUGAGAUGUCAAACAGAGAACAAACAAGAAGAAUGUGUCGUUGUAUGGGGAGACUGCAAUCAUUCCUUUCAUAACUGCUGUAUGUCACUAUGGGUCAAGCAGAACAACCGCUGCCCUCUUUGUCAGCAGGAGUGGAUGGUCCAACGCAUCGGAAAGUGAUACGACCAAUCAAGCCCUUGGAAGGUGUGCGUCAGAUCAAUGCUGCCCUCUAUGUCAGCGACAAUGGAUGGUUUCAGGCAUUGGAAAGUGGUAUCACCAUACAUAUUUGAUGAAACUGUAUAACUUUGGACAUAAACGUGUCCUAAAAGAGCACAGAAAUAUGAUUGACUAUUAAUCAUUGAAAUAGACAGUAAAAGCAAGUUCUGUAGCUGUACUACAAUCUCAUAUCUUGGUUCAGUGGCCAUCCACUCCCUGUAUGUCAGCAGGAGUUUGCUCAUCGGUGCUUGCAGGCCAUGAUUAUCUCUACGGGUGACUUGAAGUCAGUUGUUGAAGAUUUAUUAAAAACUGUAUAACUUUGGCCAUAAACGUGUCCCAAAAGAGCACAGAUAAUAACAUGAUUGACUGAUAGGCAUUGAAACAUACAGUAAAAGAAACUACAUGUAGCUCUGAAAAUCUAUUUGAAAUUAAUGUGUGUAAAAUAUGAAAAGGGUCUUUUUGUGUCACAUCAUCUACAUUUUGAAAUAAAAAACCUCCCCUUUAAUUCUGCACAAAAUUGAAGUAUGAGUUUAAUUUGGGCUUCAACAAAUGGAUCCUUUUAUGUGUACAUUAUGCUGAUAGUUUUCAGUUUAUAAUGCCCUUCUUAUCCAGUUUGGCUAAAAUUUAGGGCACUUACUUCAACUUUCAAGUAACCAUCUCUAACUGCUGCACCAAAUUGUUUGAUGUUAAUUUAUUACAUCUGUAAAGGGUAAUUACCCAGGUGAUCAAGUUUGCCAUUAUUUUUAAAAUACUCUGAGCACUAAAGCGUUCAGUGACCUCCUGAGAGUGCUGACCUUUACUUUGACCUAGAAAAUUGACCUUUUGGAUCACCUAGUGAGGUCAAGAAGUUCUAAAACUGGACAUCGCUCUGGAGUGAAAACUAAUGGGGAUUUUUUUUUAUUGCUUGUGUAAUUAAUCUGUCUUAAUAAUUUAUCAUUAUUAUCAAGGUUGGCCAUUUGUUUAGAGAAAUAAUCCUUUAAAAGUUCAAGAAAAUGCCCUAUUUUGCCAACUUGGUUCAAACUUGUCUAAAUGUAAACAGUAAGGUCCAUGGGGCUAAAGCUUAAAACCUAAGUUCAUCCAGAGGUUAUUUCGAAGGGGCAGGAGUCUAACCGAUAUUUGAUUUGAAACAGAAUGAUGAAGUUUAUUU